ACACUCGUGUUGAGCGGUUCAUGCAACCAUUGGUAACCAUACUCCCGUAUCUCGUAAGGAAAGUUGCAAUGUGUGAGCUUACUCAGUUUUCUGGACUCAAAAAGUUUGUCUGGCGACGCAUACCUGACCUCUACAACAACACUCGCUCUGGUGACUGCGGACCG